CAUUUAAUGAUCAAGGAUGAAGUCAUCUGGGGUAUAAAUCUCCCUACCCACCGUCAGGAGAAUCAAGUCGCGGGGAAGCCUGGAUCAUUGCAGGGACCCAAGACGUUAUAGAUAGCGGAAGGCCAUACUGCAUUGAUGAAAUAAUGGCAUACGCAAAUAUUACCCAAGGUAACGAGUGGCAAAACUCAUCAACAUUUGCCACCAACAGAUCUGUGUCUACUUCCGGUUCACAGAGCAAAGACCCCAGCGUGAUCGACUACAUUAAUUACAUUUUUCUGCCAACUACGGUAUCCAUUGGAGUGGCGGGAAAUCUUAUUACGAUUGUCAUCAUGAAGUCUCGCUUUUUCUCUCUCAAACCCUCGUCAUAUUUAUUGAUAUGUCUAGCCGUAUCGGACAUUGUUCUACUUUUGACACAACCUUUCAAUAAAGCUUUUUUCAUCAAAAUAGUCGGGCAAGAUGUCAGAGCCCUUCAUGACGUCACCUGCAAAAUCUACUUCAUUAUCAGACGCUCUUCGAAAAUGACGUCAUCGUGGUUUGUAGUCGGUCUUUGCAUCGAACGAUUUAUAGCAGUAUGGUUUCCACUGAAAGCGAAGUUGGUUGUUUCGAAGCGAGCACUACUUAUUGGAAUUCUUGCAGUGUAUCUGAUCAUUUUCGGUUUCACUGGGGCCUGGAGUUAUGCUUCUAAAGUUGUAUCGGGGAAAUGCCAACCUGACGCCUAUGACCGGAACAACGCUGCCGCUAGAGAGCGCUUCGGUGCUAUGUUGAGGGCAGGGUCCAGUUUGUAUUCUAUCAUACCAAUGGUAAUUCUGUUGACCUUUACUCCCCUCAUCAUCUUUAAACUGGUCCACCACAACCAGAAGAGGUUAUUUAUGACGGGGUCCAACUCUAACAAAGUUAAGGAUGACGGUCGCGUCACUGCUAUGCUUAUUGGUGUUGUCAUUGCUUACAUCAUUUUCGUUUUGCCAAUCACGGUUCUUCACAACGCCGCGUACGAAUUACAAAUCAGCGCAUUCGCGAGUAAUAACGAAGCUUUUAAUCUCUACAAAGAAAUAUCCCAGCUAUUAGAGCAACUGAACUACUCUCUAAAUUUUUUUCUGUAUGUAAUGACGUCAUAUCGUUUCAGAAGUAUCCUUUGGGAAUUCAUCACUUGUGGACAACACCGUCUCCAAAAAUCGUCGUUACGCACAACCAACAGAUCGAAAUCAUCUUCAAGUACACGUAAAUCGAAUCCAUAACGCCCUUCUCUCAAAAAGAUUUUACGCAGCUAUGGGCAAUCAUUUUCUCACAAUUUAUCGUCUGCCAUGAUGUAUAUAGUUAUACAUACAUGUAUAUAUGAAUAUCGUUUAUAUUGUAAAAAUGUUCUUAUGAAAUAAACACGUCUGCAAACUACAA